AUGGUUCGCUUGACUGUUGCUUCACUGCUCGCAUUGGCCAUCACGGCCUGCGCGGCUCCGGCUCCCCAGGCAGGAGAUGCCAAUGUCGGGAACGGCGCCGGCCGCCAGUUCAUCACCGGAGCCUGCGUGAGCGACGCAGACUGCGCCUCCGCCUGCUGCGCGAAGAAGGGCAACGCCGGCGUCUGCUCGGCGAAGCUGGUCGCCAAUGAGAAUGGCAAGGAGGGCUGCGGCUUCAACGCUGCGGGACAGGCUGGAAAUCAGAACAACCAGCAGAAUGGAGGAAACCAGAACCAAAAUGGGGGUGCCAACAACGGUGGUGCCAACAACGGCGGUGCUAACAACGGAGCCGUAAACAACGGAGCCGGUAACAACGGCGCUGGCAACAACGGAGCUGGCAACAAUGGUGGUGUCAACAACGGCGCGGGCAACAAUGGAGGCGUCAACAACGGAGGACUCCAAGGCAACGGAACGCAGCCCGCCCAAGGAAACAACGGCAAGGGCAAAGGAAAGGGCAAGGGCAAGGGCAAGAAGGCCAAGGGCAAGAAGCAGGCCGGCAAUGGCAACGCUGGCAACGCCGGCAACAAUGCUUGCCAGGGCCAGAACAACAACGCUGGAAACAACAACAACAACGCCGAGAACGGCGCUGGCAACAACAAUAACGCUGAGAACGGCGCCGGAAACAACAACAACAAGAACGCCGGUAACAAGAACGCCGGUAACAACAACGCUGGAAACAACAACAACAACGCCGAGAACGGUGCCGGCAACAACAACAACGGCGGUGCUGCAGGCAACAACACCGAAAACGCCGCCGGGGGCAACAACCAGAACAACCAGAAUCAGAACAACCAGGGCCAGAAGCAGCAGAAGCAGAAGCAAAACAACAACAACCAGCAGCAAGGCAACCAGAACAACCAGGGCAACCAGAACGAGCAGGGCAAUAACGCGGAAAACGCGGCGAACAACAACAACGCCGCUGCCGGCAACAAGGCGAACAAGGGGAAUGCUGGCAACGCUGGAAACGCUGGCAACGCAGGCAACGCUGGCAACGCUGGCAACGCUGGCAACGCUGGCAACGCUGGCAACGCUGGCAAUGCAGGCAAGGCUGGGAAAGCUGGCAAUGCAGGCAACGCCGGAAACGACGACGCUGCCGACGAGGAAGACUAA